UUCGAUUCAUUCGGUAUGUAGCUGAUCCUUUCUCACUUCAAUCGCGUUGCCUGGUAAGAUUUUGGAUAGUCGGAUUUCUCAAUGCCUCGUCACAGUGGAGAAGAUGAUCGCAGGAAAUCGUCGGAGUACAAUUCCGGGAGGGAUCGACGCCACCGCGAUCGCGAGUAUGAAUUUCAUGGCAGAGAUGAUAAGAGACUGAAGAUAACAGAGAGGGAUCAAACUAGGGAGAAAUAUCAACAUGAGAAUCAGAGCCAACGGACUUCUGUGAGAAAUUACAGAGCAAGAAGCAAAAAUGAAUAUUCGUACAACAGAUCAAACCAUAAAUCCAGCAGGCAUUCAAAGCAUCAGUAUCGGCAGAGGUCACCUAGCCCAUCAGAUGAUAAAUCUCCUCAACAAUCUAUAUCACAGUCAAAUUCCCCUUCUGGAAAGAGCACACGCCCAAGUGGCUUUGAUGUGGCGCCAACCGUUGCUGCUGCAUUGCCUAAUCUCUCAGAACAAGCGGCUGGAGUUUCUGUAGCUCCUCAAGCAGUCCCUGGAUGGCUGCAAAACAUGAAUACAUUUGACACUCAGAUGCAUCAGGUCAACCUGUUGGGUUCUGUUUCGUUGUUCCCAGUUCAAGCUAUGACUCAACAGGCUACAAGGCAUGCACGUAGGGUGUAUGUUGGUGGCCUUCCUCCAUUGGCUAAUGAGCAGACAAUCACUAGAUUUUUCAGCCACAUUAUGAAUGCAGUUGGGGGAAAUUCUUCUGGCCCUGGUGAUGCUGUUGUGAAUGUGUACAUUAAUCAUGAAAAGAAAUUUGCAUUUGUGGAGAUGAGAACAGUAGAAGAAGCUAGUAAUGCUAUGGCACUUGAUGGAAUUGUUUUUGAGGGAGUUUCAGUGAGAGUUCGGAGGCCUACAGACUAUAAUCCAUCACUUGCUGCACCGCUUGGUCCUAGCCAACCUAGUCCCUAUCUUAAUUUAGCUGCAGCUGGAUUGACACCUGGCAUGAAUGAAGUUGAUGAUGCGGACCGUAUAUUUCUUGGCGGGGUGCCAUACUAUUUUUCUGAAGCUCAGAUAAAAGAAUUGUUGGAGAGUUUUGGACCACUGCGUGGGUUUGGCCUAGUGAAAGAUAGAGAAACGGGAAAUUCUAAAGGAUAUGGUUUCUGCAUCUACAAGGAUGGAUCUGUCACGGAUAUUGCUUGUGCUGCUCUCAAUGGCUUAAAAGUGGGUGACAAGACACUUACUGUUCGACGUGCCACUGUCAGUGGGCCAAUGAAAUCCGAACAAGGGAACAUACUAGCUCAAGCCCAGCAGCAUAUCGCAAUGCAGAAAAUGGCCUUGGGAGCUAGUGUGAUGGAUCUUCCAGUCGGAGGAAUGGAGUCCAUAGCAAGCAUGGAAGUUCCAACCAAAAUUUUGUGCUUGAGUGAUGUCAUUACUAUGGAAGAAUUGAUGGAUGAUGUUGAAUACAAAGAAAUACUUGAAGAUAUGAAGGGAGAGUGCCAAAAGUUUGGGGAGUUGAUUGAUGUUGUCAUUCCUCGCCCCGAUGCAAAUGCUGCUGACAGUGAUGAUAUUGGAAAGGUGUUUUUGGAGUAUUCGGAUGCAGCAGGGUGUGCCAAGGCCAAGUUGGCUCUCUCUGGCCGGAAGUUUGGAGGGAACACUGUAGUAGCAGUGUAUUAUCCAGAAGAAAGAUACUAUGAUGGGAGGAAAACUCCUGCUGUAUCUUCCUCGGCCUGACUUGGCUUGGCUUGUAAAACUACUUACUGUAAAGUCUAUAACUAACUAAACUACGUUGUCAUUGUGUAAUGCAACAAAUUAUUUGUGUUGGUAAAAGAGACUUUGUGAAAUAUUA